AUGGUAAAAAAGAAGACACACAGAUCCCUUUGGUAUAUACACUUUACUCACGAACAUCUUCCCACAAACUUCUAUCUAUCUAUCUAUCUAUCUAUCUAUCUAUCUAUCUAUCACAUUUUGUUCAUUAUCUAUCUAUCUAUCUAUCUAUCUAUCUAUCUAUCUAUCACACUCUUCAUUAUCUAUCUAUCUAUCUAUCUAUCUAUCACACUCUUCAUUAUCUAUCUAUCUAUCAAUCUAUCACAUGUUGUUCAUUAUCUAUCUAUCUAUCUAUCUAUCACACUCUUCAUUAUUUAUCUAUCUAUCUAUCUAUCCCAUUUUGUUCAUUAUCUAUCUAUCUAUCUAUCUAUCUAUCUAUCUAUCUAUCUAUCUCUGUUCAUUAUUGGGAAGCGUUUAACGCUUUUCUUUUUUCUUUUCUUUUCUUUUUUUUUCUUUUCCUUUCUUUCUUUCUUUCUUUCUUUCUUUCUUUCUUUCUUUCUUUCUUUCUUUCCAAAUUAA